AUAUACUUGAAGUUUGAACAGAAUGUUUAAGAAAUCAGUGGAUCCUCUGUUCCAAACACGUUGCCCGGGCAUGUGUGAUAGCUUCCCCACUCCACCAAAUGCCAAUCAAUAGCUCACGAAAUUCCCGACUUUUGUUAUUCCUGACAACGCCCGCGCCACGGCGCCUGAGGACCUUGGUAGUCCAUAUACGGAAAUGAGUUUUUUGUUGAGGCAUUGCCAAGGACUCGUCGCCCAGCAGGCAGGCCAUUUAAAAUGCACAAGGAUUGCCAGUCGGAGGCGAACCUGCGCGCAUGCAAAUUGCACUUUUUAUGGCUCCCGGCAGCGGGCCAAAUGUGACCACAAACACCUGUUGCGCAGAACGGAAUUAAAAAGUUUUUACGACGGUUAAAAGUUCUCACGUGUGGGAAAAUGUGCAACCCAAAUGGUUAUAAUUGGUGACUGCCAAAAUGUUGUAUUAUCCGUAAACCAAAAUUCAUUGCAUGACGCGGGGGAAUGUGCGUGAUUCGUUGGCUGAUUUGGAAACGGAAACAGACAGGAACGUAAAAAAGAGAAAUACUGCUCGUAACUAGGGCCAAAAGUCUGACCCAAUUUCUGGCCAACUUUCGACCCAUAGUAGCGCCCCAAGUGGAAAGUCCUGCGAACGAGCAAUCUUGACAAUGCCAAAUGACCUUUGGCUAUUUUUAAAGCGGAGCAGCAGCACACGUUUCCACCAUCGGGCAUCUACGGGAAAUGCUUUGCCGAUGAUCGCUUUCGAAGGUGAAAAGGAAGUUAUUUUUCUACAGGAGGUAGACCUUGUAAGGUACAACAGUGCAUUAAAACGAUUGAGAUCUUUUAAUAGAGAGUUUGGGAAUUUUAUUAAAAAAAAAGGUAGCUUUAAAUAUUCUUUGAAAGAAAUUUGUGCCAAGGAAACCAUAACUUGACAAUAGUGAAGCUUCUUUUCAACUUUUAUUUAAACUUUAUAGCUUGCUGUUUAACAAAUGUGAUCAUCAUAAUUUUCAUUAAAUUUAACAAACUAGGAAAUAUUUAAACUAACUCUUCGGUAGUAUUGCAUUAGAAUUACAAUAAUUCAUAUAAGCCAGAAAAAUCAAUUCAAAUUUGAUAGCUUAAUCGAUAACGUACGCGAUUUUUAACUACCGUCGCUAUUGUUUUGGCGAUGGAUCGCCCUCGGCUUUUUCCAUCUCUAUUGUGCCGGAGAUCGCUUUGUUUUUGCCACUUCGCAUUUAAAUUUAGCCGGAAUGAGCUUUCGUUCGUAUGCGCAAGGAAAACCACACCCCAAGACGGACUAUCAGUCCAUCAGGCCAUCUGAAUUGGAGCAGCUCUUCGAAAAGAAGUUCCACUAUCAGAAGCCCAGAGGCAACACAUCCUGGCAGUUGCCGCCACCGGAUCAGGCUCUCUUCAGUGAGUUCUACCAGUUCGAGGCGCUGCAGGCACUGCGGGAGCAGCUGAAUGCGGUUAAAAGCAAACUGAACGACUACGGAGUGCAGGAAUGGAGUGCUCAUACCAACAGGCGGGACCCUUCCGGCGAGGUGUCCUGGCGCCUGAAGAACGACACCAAAGCAGAGUUUGUAACUGUGGCCUGGUGCAAGCUGUUCGAGUGCCUGCAUCGUUAUCCACUGGUCACGAAGCCAGCGGUCAACACUCUGCAUCUUUGCGAGGCACCCGGUGCCUUCAUUGCAUCUCUAAACCACUACCUUCAUAGCAAAUAUCAUAAGGAUGAGAUUAAAUGGCGCUGGCGCUCAACCACUUUGAAUCCCUAUUAUGAAGGCAAUGCUUUAAACCAGAUGAUCAGCGAUGACAGGUUCAUCUUCCACACGCUGGACAACUGGCUCUUCCACAAAGAUCUCACUGGUAAUCUACUGGAUGUGGCCAAUAUUGACCACCUGGUGGAACGUUGUGAGGCAGUUUUUCAGGGUCAGGUGGAUCUUGUCACUGCCGAUGGUUCCAUCGAUUGUGCCGCACAGCCUGAUUGCCAGGAAGAGAUAGUGGUUCGCCUAUUUUUUGCUGAAGUACUCAGUGCCUUGAGGAUUCUCUCAGGUGGGGGUAGCUUCCUGCUGAAGAUGUUUACCCUCUUCGAGGCCUGCAGUGUAUCUCUACUUUACACACUUAACUGCAUCUUUGAGGAGGUACACAUCUUUAAGCCGGCUACUUCCAAGCGGGGAAAUUCGGAAGUGUAUGUAAUCUGCCUGAACUAUCACAAGGAACAUCCCGGCUUGCCUCGUUUGCUAGAUGAGAUAAAAGGCAAGCUUGCUCAGUCGAAUGACACACUGGUAAUGCCGUUGUUUGCCAGGUCUCAAAUCCCCCAGGACUUUCUCAUGCAGCACGAGAUUGCCUGCCGUCUCUACAUGAAGCUUCAAACGGAUGCCAUCGAGGGAAGUAUCUAUGCCUAUGAGUCCAACGAUCGUCAUUAUCUGAGACACCUUCAUCACCUGCGCGGCCUCGUCUCCAACACCUACUACAGCCUCUACAAUGUGAAGCCCUUGGAGGAUAGCCUCUGCAUCGUGGACAAGGAGGCCACUAGUAAGGCUCUGGGAUUCACAGUGCCCGUCUAUGGUGGAUCCUACACAGAAAGGGAGACCUUGAAAUACGGUGACCUCCUCAAGCAGAUUUACUGCUUGCGCCGCGAAUUUAACCAACUCGAGAAGUGUAUUAACAGUAGAACACCGUACUCAUACGUAAAGAACAGAACAGCACCUUUGAGUCUACACGUUUCACGAGGAGCACCUGUUCAGAGUCUUCAAAGCAGCAUGUUUGCCUCCGAACCAAUUCUCCUACUGCGCCUUCGCAUCCUAGACACAUUUGAUCUCGACCCUGUUUGGCAGUCAGCGCCAAAGUGCCAGUUGGAAAGCAAGACACUGAGCUACCUGCCACCAACAGAAAGCGAGGGAUUCCACACCGCCCAGCAACGCUUUUUCAUAGAUCUCCUGGAAGCAGUAAAGGAACUGAAGCCCCACAGCAUCGUCUUCCACAAGUUCCUGUUCCUCACCCACUAUGCAGCGUCGCUGCUCCUCUUUCUUAUAGAAACUGUUUAUCAGGACUGUAGUUUCAAUAGCAAUCAAUCGCAAGAUCUUACGUUAAGUAAGCUGAAAGAAACGGAUAACAGUGCAUUGAAGCAGGUACUGAAACUUCUUAAGGAUGAGCGGGCGGGUGCCAUUCACAGCCUGCUGGAGAUUAAGGAACUGCAAAAGAACCAAUUCAGCAACACCCUCAUACAGCACAACAACAACGUGCUGCUGACCUGCUUCCGUGGCAUGCUGGGCGAGGAAUCCUUUCCCAUGCCCGUGGCUCCGACAUCCAACUCGGACGUCUCUUCGGUACAAGAGUCACCAGCUGUAUUUUAACAUAACGAACAUGUAUUUUUCAUUUGCAUAAAAUUACAGUGCUACUUUUACAAAACUAGGUACUCUGCCGGGGAAAGCUGCUUACAUGUUUUCUGAGGAUAGCUUUUGGGGCUCAAAAAUGAAAAUUAAAUAACUAACUGAAA